UCCAUGGAUGCUGAUGCCACAGUGAAGAAAGCGACAGAGAAGGAGAUGGCUGAACGAAUAGCUGAGCUUGAACACAGGGAAAGCCAGCUGAAGAAUCUGAAUGACGACAUGCGGCGCUGGCUGGAAGCAGGAGAGGAGGAGAUUGUCGGGCUUCGCUCAGAGAACGCGACUCUCCAAAAACAAGUCAAAACAAUGGAGAAGUUGAUGAGUGACGCGGAGCAGAAUGAAGCCGAGCUUUGCAGGAUCAGGGCCUCCUUGGCUGAGGAAAACAAUUUAAAGAGGCACCGUGAAAAGGAGAUUCAGAGAUUGGAAAAUGAAUGUAGCCUCCUGACUGAACAAAAUAAGAAGCUUAUCACUGAGAGGAACAGACUAAAUCAGCAAACUGAGUAUGACAAAACUGCCUUGCACAAUUUAAAAACUUCACUGCAAAACCUUCAGGGUGACUUGGAAGAAGCGAAGUUAGAGCUGCAACUUAAAGACAGUGUUAUUCUUCAGUUUUUUUGA